AUGCUGGGCAUCGGCCGAGGGUCUCGAGAAGGCGUUAUUUCCCUCGAAGCGUCGAUCAAAAUUUGCGUUCGGACAAAACAAUGGAGCGUAGCACUGCGGUUGCUCCGCGAAGGACUUCGAUUAGGUGUGCAACUUGUCCCAGGCCACUACAUUGCGACUGCCAGCGCAUGCAGAAAAGGCGGGCAAUGGCAACACGCGCUUUCAGUGCUCAGUGACAUGUGGAAAGCGAAGCUGGAGCCCAACGUCAUCAGCUACAGCGCUGGGAUCAGCGCGUGCGAGAAGGGCGGGCAGUGGCAGCGGGCGCUUGCGCUGCUGAGCGAGAUGUGGGAGGCGAAGCUGGAGCCCGAUACUACAAUUCCGGCUACAACGCUGGGAUCAGCGCGUGCGAGAAGAGCGAGCAGUGGCAGCCGGCGCUUGCGCUGCUGA